UUAGACAGUAAAUUCCACCAUUAUCGUUAGGGUUUAAGAGCUCUUACACUCUUUCGUCUUCACCAAAGCAAUGACAACCUUAAUCCCUGUUGGCUCCAGAACAAACCCAUUUCAGAAACAGCUUCACCAUCAUCGUCCAAUUUAUGCUAAACCCAUUUCUUGUCUCACCUUCAGAACCUCACCUCCACCAUUUUACCCCUCCACCAUUAAAGCCUAUUCUUCUUCACAAAAUUCUAAAAUCCCAAAACCCCUUAUCCCUCAAACCCCUAAUGAACAACCCCAUAACCCAUUCUCAUUCGUUAAGCCAACACUCAUUGCUACAAUUACUGCCACUACCCUUUUGUUCGCAAGAUACUUUGUCUUCCCGAAACCUGCACUUUCUAACCAAGCUUUUACUCCGUCGGCUAUGGAAACUGAUGUGGUGAGAGAUGCAAUUUCAGAGGAGGAAAGGGAAAGAGCAAUUGAAGAACACCUGGUUACUCACCCGGAUGAUGUGGAAGCGUUAAGGAUUUUGAUGGAAAUUCGGAUAAAGAAUAAGAAAAUGCUGGAUGCUAUUAGCAUUAUUGAUAGGUUGAUUGAGCUUGAACCGAAUGAGACCGAAUGGCCCUUGUUGAAAUCUCAUUUGUAUGUGAACUCUGGGGAGAUUGAAUUGGCCAAAGUUGGGUUCAAUGAGAUACUAAAGAAAGACCCUUUUCGUGUCGAGGCUUAUCAUGGACUCGUUUUGGCAGCUUCACAAGAUGAAUCGAUUGAGGAAUUGGCGGAAAUCGAGAAGAAGGUUGAGGAGGGCAUUAAAUUGUGUAAGAAGGAGAAAAAAAAAAGUGACUUGAGGGAUUUUAAGCUGUUGCUUGCACAAAUUCGGGUGAUAGAAGGGAAAUAUGAAGAUGCAUUGAAGGUUUAUCAGGAGUUAAUUAAAGAGGAGCCUAGGGAUUUCAGGCCUUACUUGUGUCAAGGAAUAAUAUACACAUUAUUGAGGAAAAACAAUGAGGCUGAGAAGUGUUUUGAGAAGUAUCGGAGACUUGUACCGCAAGGGCAUCCCUAUGCUAGGUAUUUCGAUGAGAACAUGAUUGCAACAAAGGUUUUUGCACAGAGGGCGGAGAAUGAGAGAGCUAGCUCAAAAAGCUGAAUAGAAUAAGGCUUCAGUUCUGCUGAAGUUCAGAUUGGAUGGUAGAGCAUUUCUUCCCAGACGGAUGUUGGAAUCCCAUGUUUAACCACUUGGAAGAAACCCCAUGUCUCCGAUGCAUCUCGAACUUCAUCCACAAUCUCUUUGUGUUUGAAUGGGUCCUCGUCGAUGCCUUCAAGGUCUAUCAA